AUGACUUUGGUUCAUGGAGAGGCCACGAAUAAGGUUGCUGCUGCAAUGUAUAGUGGAAUUGCAGUCACCAAAAAAGAUUUUGAAGACGGGUGGUGUGCCGGCGGCAGCGAUAGUUUGAGAGGAAAUGAGAAUGGAGGACUUCAGAUUUAUGCUUCCGAUAUGAUAAUACUCUUCUUCGAUUACUGCAUUUUGAAGGUUGAUCCGUAUCUGAAGUGUGAGAGGCACGAGCAUGCCAGAUCUUUCUCCUCAGUGAGCUCUUUAGUAGUCAAGUCCAACUUGUUCCUAGAAUACUUGUCAAUUGAAAGUCCUUGCACAAUAGACCAUUCUACAUUCUUGCAAAUGUGGAUGACUUCACCCGGUACAUCCAAGAUAAAAUUAUUUCGUAAUAUGAUGGUCAUUGAUAAUAUUCGUAGGUCUUGUCCUAAAAUGUGCUUGCGUUUUGAUAUCGUGAUUAAUGGAUCUUCGAUUCACAUUCUAUUACCUCAAUCAGAAUCUUUCAGCAAUAAUUCUAAUUUUGGAUGGAGAAUCUUGAUAGCCUAUCGUCUAUUUAAAGCGUGUGUUUGGGAUGCAAUAUUGAACAAUAUAAUAUUUAACGGCUUUUUCUUCUUUAAUGAUAUCCUAUCGUCUAUUAGUGAUUUUGAUCUUUCAUUUUUACAUUGGUUUCUAAGGGGAAUUUACAAUAAUGCAAACUCUCUGAUGUUCAUGUAUCUAAUAAAGCCUAUGCUUAAUUUUUGGAGUCUCUUUUUCUUUAUAUUCACUACUUUCGUAACUGUACUAAGUAGAAUGAGAACUGAGUCCAAUAAUCUUGAAGAGUUAGGUCAAAUGUUAACUAGCCGUUUAUCUAGUUCUGGGAAUGGCACCUUGCUAAUUAGAGGUAGACCUUCACAAAAGUGUUCCCUUCAAAAACUUGACUAUGUUUUGGAGAUAUUAGAUGAUGUUCAUCGAGAUAUGUUGAUGGAAUCUUGUUUCGGACAACUUUAUCGAAUGAAGCAUAUACCUUUUUCAGCCCAACUAGUCCACCAACUUGUAAUGAGAAGGAUUGUGACCAAAAAACAAUAUGAGAUCUGGUUUUCAAUUGGUGGUAAGCCAACACGAUUUUCAUUACACGAGUUCUCAUUAAUAAUGGGGUUGAGAGCUAGUGAAGACCCUUCGUUGGAGCCCCAUGUUGUAACUAAUGAUAGAUUAGUGAAGAAAUACUUUAAAAACUGUAAGAAAGGCAUAACGGUGUAUAAUUUGAAGGACGCUAUUGAAAGUCGCAAAGUGUGUAUGGAAGACAAGUACAAGAUUGUGCUUGUAUAUAUUUUGGAAACGGUACUUCUACCCAAAGAAAGCUACACAUACAUAAAUUUAGAACACUUGUCAAUGGUUGAUGACUUAGAGGUUUUUAAUAGUUAUCCUUGGGGGAGAAAGGCUUUUGGCCGCACAAUUGAUGUAUUCACAAGAGACUGGAGGUCCUUGGUAAAGUCGUACUUGAUAAAGAAUGAGAAAUAUCCAUAUUCAGCUUAUGGAUUUUCACUCGCCUUGCAGAUUUGGGCCUAUGAAGCCAUACCAUCCAUCGGUCGAAGAUAUGCUGAGAAUUUAGAGGAGGCUGACCUCCCUAGGUUAUGUCGAUGGAGUUCUUCUGAAAUGCCCAACUCCAAGGAUAUUUGUGCAAGUCUGGAUGAACCAAAUAUUGUUGUUUAUUGCACACUGAAGCCUACACAUGAAGAGGCUUCUCAAGCAUAUUGGACGGAGAUUCAUCAAUUCAGUGAUGAAGUAGAUGAUCCAACAGUUGAUAUCUUUGUGGAUAAUAUAAAUGGAACAGAUUCGUCCAUUCAUGCUGAUUUUCCUCAACAAGCUUGUCAGUCUCCUAAUGCCUAUACAUCUCCUCGGGAUCCAUCUUCCUUUCAUAGGCCACCUACUUCUACAGAUACUCAUACAUAUCAUCAUGGGCCGUCUACAUCAUAUCCAUCUCUUUAUCUAUCUAGAGAUGAGUUCGCUCAAGAAUUGAGGAUGCAAUUAGUACAGAUGGUAGAGACGUUAGAGAGGAAAAAUGAAAGGCGAAUGGAUGAUAUGCGUUCUUACAUAGAUCAAAGGUUCGAUUGUGUUACAUCUUUGUGUAGACAAAUUGACGAGAAGAUAUCAUCUGUGGUACAUUGGAUUAAGAAUUCUAACCUAUCAACACCUUACAUAUAUCACUCCCCUCCUCAUAGUGGAUUUAUGAAUACUGAAGGGACACAUGAUGUGAAUGAGGAUUCAAUUCCUAUAGAAGUGAAAAAUGAUGAGAAUGAAGAUGGCAAUGAGCAGAGACAAGAAACAAAUAAUUUGUUGGUAAAUGAAUCAAUUCCUGUCGAAGAAAAAAAUUUGUUAGUGGACGACAAUGAACCAAAAAAAGCAGUUGAUGUGAAUGAGGAUCUAAUUCUCGAAGAAGUGGAAAAUGAGAAAAGACAAACAACAAAUAUGUUGAAUGAUGGUCAAACUCAUGUGGAAGAGAUAGAUAUUUGUAAACUAAUGGAUUCUCAAUCACAUGGUGUAGUGGAGUCCGUCCCUACUGUGGUUGAAGUUGAGUCUGUUGACUCGAGUCAAAAUGGACGCGAGAUGAGAAAUAAGAAAAGGUCACUCAUUCUUCAAUCUCCAUUUACAAAUCCCGAAAAGAGGAGGAAGCUUGGCAAUGUCAAAGCAUUUGACCCAUUUCAAGAGCUAGAUCCGGCUAAGGCGGAUGACUUAGAGAAUUGGUUGGUUAAUGUACCAGACAGCGAACAUGCAGAAUUGAUAUUGUUCACGAAGCCAAAAAGCUUUUUUUUAGAUAUUCAAAAGCAAUUUGGAUGGCUUAGUAGUGAUCACAUUGACAUAGCGUUAUACUUGAUGAGGUCACGAAUGGUGAGACAUCCUACUGUGUUCGCUCAAAAUUGUGCAAUUUUAGAUUGUGCUUUUAUUAACUUAUGCACCAAGAGGUUAGAAGAUUUUGAGUUGCAUAAGAAAGAAAGACAGCCAAUACAAUCAUUUAGAUGGUUGACAAAUAUGACAAGAUACAUAUAUGGUCUAAGUCCGGAGAAGAGCAAGCGAUGGGAUUCUUGUACAUCAUUGUAUAUUCCUUGCAAUGUGGAAAUGAAGCACUGGAUUGCACUUAAAGUGGACCUUGCAGAACGAACUAUAUACGUAUAUGACAGCAUGAAGAGUUGCACACAUUUUGGAAAACUGGAAAAAGUCAUGCGUCCACUUGUGAAGGGGAGAUUACGGAAUAUACGUUAUAAAGUUUAUAGAGGAAUAUACGUUAUAAAGUUUAUAGAACUUUUGUUGGCAGGAUUAGAUGUGAAACUUAUAUCUGAUGAUAUGAUUGAUUGUUGGAGGAAGAAACUAGCUGCUGAAAUUUUUGCUAUGCAUUUUGAUCCAUAA